UGGCGCAGGAAGCGGAAGGAGCGCCCGCGCGGAGGGAAGGGGGACGCUAGUGGAGGGCCUCGUUCUAACAUGGCGGAGCGCGGUUACAGUUUCUCGCUCACUACGUUCAGUCCUUCUGGAAAGCUGGUGCAGAUUGAAUAUGCCUUGGCUGCAGUAGCUGCAGGAGCUCCAUCAGUUGGGAUUAAAGCUGCAAAUGGAGUGGUGUUGGCAACUGAGAAGAAGCAGAAAUCUAUUCUGUAUGAUGAAAGGAGUGUCCACAAAGUAGAACCAAUUACCAAACAUAUAGGUUUAGUGUACAGCGGCAUGGGUCCAGAUUACAGAGUACUUGUGCACAGAGCUCGGAAGCUAGCCCAGCAAUAUUACUUGGUUUAUCAUGAGCCCAUCCCAACAGCUCAGCUAGUGCAGAGAAUUGCUUCUGUGAUGCAGGAAUACACACAAUCGGGUGGUGUUCGUCCAUUCGGUGUAUCGCUGCUGAUCUGCGGCUGGAAUGAAGGGCGGCCGUAUUUAUUUCAGUCGGAUCCAUCUGGUGCUUACUUUGCAUGGAAAGCAACAGCAAUGGGAAAAAAUUACGUCAAUGGGAAAACUUUCCUUGAGAAAAGAUACAAUGAAGAUUUGGAGCUUGAAGAUGCUAUCCAUACAGCUAUCUUAACACUAAAGGAGAGUUUUGAAGGGCAAAUGACAGAAGACAACAUUGAAGUUGGCAUCUGUAAUGAAGCUGGUUUUAGGAGGCUCACUCCAACUGAGGUUAAGGACUACUUGGCUGCAAUAGCAUAGUAGAAACUGAAUGAGACCACGUGAUUCACACAAAGGUCUUUUUAAUUUUGGCUACUUCAGUGUUUUUGUUUGCUGUUUUUGCAUACUUAUUUCUACAUGUUUUUUUAAAUAGCAUGGGUGCAAAUGCAGCAGUCCUGAUAUUGUAAUACAUGGAAUCUUAUUACAGGUAAUUCUUUCCCUUGAUAUGUGGAAUUUUGUACACAAGAUACUGUACAAAAUGUAAAGUUAUAAUGACAGCUUGAAAAAGGCUAAAGAAUAAAAUUUGGAGGUCAUUCUUCUGGGAGAA